AUGGGGAAAGUAUUGCAGAAGAAGAAGAACCGAUCUUCGAACCCAAAGGUCAAGCACAAAAGCAAGCAGGCCAAAAACGGGAAUAAGAAGAUAAACGUCUUCGGAAAUGCAAUUAUCAAGAACAACUGGGACAAAAAGUUAACACUCACCCAGAAUUACCGCCGUCUCGGGCUGACGCCUCGCUUAAACGCACCUGCGGGAGGAACGGAGAAGAAGAUAUCUGCAGCGGACAAUGAAGCCUCGAAAUCCACAAGAUCGGAUCUGAAUGAACCAUUUCACAUUCCGCUUACUCACAAACGAAGCAAGAAACUGCAACCAAGCGAAGCCCGCGUUGAGCGUGAUCCAGCAACCGGAAAGAUCCUGCGCGUCAUUAGUGGAGACAAUGAAGACGACGACACAAUUGAGGUCGCAGGACGGAAGCGACGAAGAGACAACCCGCUCAACGAUCCACUUGAAGAUCUACCGGAGGAUACUGACAUGGCGCUUGAUGGUCUCCGUGGCACAUCGUCAUCCGUUGGUGUGAUUGCAGAACUAGAAAAACAGGCUGCAAUUCAGGAAGAGCAGCUGCAAAAUAAGAAACCCAGACAUCAGAGCAAGCGAGAAGAAGAAUGGCUCGAGGCUUUGAUAGAGAAAUACGGCGAUGAUACCGCGCGAAUGGCGAGGGACAAGAAACUCAACCGCAUGCAGCAGACUGAGGCCGAUAUUGCAAGGAGGCUGAGGAAGAUGAAGGAGAGAAAAGAGAAGAAAUAA